AACCGGCUCCUCCAGACCAGACCCGAGCCAUAUCAGACCUAGACCGGACCAGAUCCAGCUCUGUAUCAGACCCGGACCGGACCAGGACCCGAUCAGACCCAGACCCAGACCCAGACCCAGACCCAGACCCAGACCCAGACCCAGACCAGGAUCCAGACCAGGAUCCAGACCAUGCCUCCGUUCGACAAAACACCGGUCCAGAACAAACCCUUCAAACAGAGGAAAAGCUUCGCGACCAGGAAACAAGAGGUGGCGGGGAUCCGGAUCAAGUUCCCUAACAAGAUCCCGGUCAUCAUCGAAAGGUACGAGAGAGAGAAGUUCCUGCCUCCUCUGGACAAAACCAAGUUCCUGGUUCCGCAUGAACUCACCAUGACCCAGUUCGUGACCAUCAUCAGGAACCGGAUGGCGUUACUGCCGACCCAGGCCUUCUACCUGCUCAUCAACAACAGCGGCCUGGCCAGCAUGUCCCUGACCAUGAACCAGGUCUACAGAGACCACCAGGACGAGGACGGCUUCCUCUACAUGACCUACGCCUCACAGGAGAUGUUCGGACACUGACGUACACACCGCCUUUUACUCUGUAAAUACA